AGAGCCAUCAGAAGGAUGAACUCUCUCCUCAGCCUCUCCGUGCUGUUUGUGUGGGGCUUGCCCCCAGCCCACGGGAGCCUCUUGCAGCUGCACCAGAUGAUCUCAGAGGUGACAGGGAAAAACGCUCUUCUGUAUUACGGCUUCUACGGCUGCUACUGCGGGCUGGGGGGCAGGGGGCAGCCCAAGGAUGCCACAGACAGAUGCUGCCAGCUGCAUGAUACCUGCUAUGAAAACCUCCUGAGGUACCACUGCGAUGCCAAGACACGCCCCUACCGCUACAACUGGCACUACGGCAGGCUCUCCUGCAGACAGGGCUCCCGGUGUGCCUUCUUGUCCUGCGAGUGCGACCGCAGCCUGGCGCUGUGCCUGAGGAGAAACGUCGGCAGCUACAAGAAACGCUACCAGUUCUACCCCAACACGCGGUGCCGGUGACGGGAGCUGGGAUGCGGCGCCGGGAUCGCCCUUCAUCCCGGCCCGUGCCGACCGCACCAGAGCCGCUGGAAACUAAAACAACGCAGAAAUAAACAACGUUCUUGUCCAACAGCCCCGGCCCUCUGAGAGCUGCUGUUGGGCAGGGAGAGAAAUCCCCGUAAAUAACCAACAUCUUCCCAAAACUUUCCAAGAACUCGGUCUCGGCCCCUGCGUCACUCGAGGCUGCAGCCGCGGGCGAGGGGGGCUGGCCGGGGGGGAAGGGGCGUAGCACUCCCCGCGUUUGGGACAGACGAGUCCUUUUGGAACUUCCAGUCGGAGCUCGCGGGCUGGACACGCAGGGCAGGCUCUCCCCGGGAGGACAGACGGACAGCGAGCAAGUGGCCCAGGUGAGAGGAAGAUGAAGGUCCUGCUGGUGCUGACGAUGCUGUUUGCCUGCAGUGUGUUCACAGCGCACGGGAAGCACCCACGCACCUUCACACCGGGACUCGAGGGAAGCACCGUAGGAAACCUGACUGCCCAUGGAUGCUACAGGGGAUGGGGCACCUCGAGGGCUUCAGUGGAUCGGUGCUGCCUGCUCCGAGCCUGCUGCUACGCCCGGCUGGCAGCGCGGCGCUGCCGCGUGGGACCCGUGCAGCCGCUCUCUGUGCCCCGGGCAGGGAUCCCCACCUGCAGCUCGGGGACGCGCUGCCAGCGAGGCGCCUGCAGGUGCGAGCGGGCGGCGCGGCUGUGCCGGGCCCGGCUCGGCCGGGCUCAGCUCGGCCAGGCCCAGCUCCACCGCCGCGCCGGGUGCCGGGGACGAGCCGGGCGCUGCUGAGGCAAAAACUCCCUUUGCGAAACCAUCUCCGGGCUGAUCGGCGAAGGGACGGCGCCGGCAGCGCUUCCCAGCCUGGCGAGUCUCCUCCUCGGGGCUUUUUGGCUUCGAGGCGAGGACAAGAAGCGUCCGGUCAAGAGGAGCGGGAGCAGCGCUGACCCGAUGUCCAGCACGGCAAAACAAGGGAGGAGUGGACACCUGCCCCUCGUCCCGGUGAGGGGCGGGAUGGGAAGCGUCCCCCUUGGCAGCCUGUCCGCUCCCUCCGCUUCCUGCUUCUCAGCAAAUUCCCUCCUGUUGCUCCAAAAUAAAACCAGAGAGCCCAAAGCA